UUUUUGCUUGAUGGCAACUUUAGACCAUAGAUGUCCGACAUCGGCAUUUCACAUACGUGUUAUGUUUAUUUUAUUUGUACUUUAAUUGGUUUUAAGAAGUUAUUUGCUGCAUAAAAAUGAAAUAUUUUUAUUUACUAUUUAUUUUUUGGACUAUAGUUAAUUGUGACGAACAUACGCAUACAUAUAAAGAUGGAGAUCAAGUUGUUCUGUGGAUGAAUACAGUGGGUCCGUAUCACAAUCGCCAGGAGACGUAUGCAUAUUUUUCAUUACCUUUCUGCGUAGGUACUAAAGUGACUAUUGGACAUUACCAUGAGACUUUAUCUGAAGCGCUCCAAGGGGUUGAACUAGAAUUCAGUGGUCUGGACAUUACCUAUAAGGAUAAUGUACCGGCACAACAAUUCUGUGCCAUUGAAUUGAAUGACCAAUCUUACAAAGCACUUGUUUAUGCCGUGAAGAAUCACUACUGGUACCAGAUGUAUAUUGAUGAUCUGCCAAUUUGGGGAACUGUUGGCGAAAUUGAUGGUGACCAUUAUUAUAUUUGGACUCAUAAAAAAUUCGACAUUGGGUACAAUGGAAAUAGAAUCGUAGAAGUAAACCUCACAGCUGAAAAUAAAGAACGACUUACACCCGACGCAAAAAUUCCAUUCACUUAUGAAGUAAACUGGAAGAAAAGCGAUAUACACUUUGAAGAUAGGUUUGAUAAAUAUUUGGACCCAAAUUUCUUUCAACACCGCAUUCAUUGGUUCAGUAUCUUCAACAGUUUUAUGAUGGUGAUAUUUUUAGUAGGCCUUGUUUCAAUGAUUCUCAUGAGAACACUUCGCAAGGACUAUGCACGAUAUUCAAAGGAUGAUGAUCUUGAUGAUUUAGAAAAGGAUCUCGGUGAUGAAUAUGGUUGGAAACAAGUUCACGGUGAUGUCUUCAGACCAGUUCCUCAUCUGCCAGUGUUCUCAGCACUGAUUGGAUCUGGAUAUCAGCUGACGGUGGUUACUCUGGCAGUUAUAAUAUUUACUAUAUUUGGGGAACUCUACACUGAAAGGGGAUCAUUGCUGUCCACAGCAAUAUUUAUAUAUGCAGCUACAUCUCCAGUUAACGGAUAUUUUGGAGGAUCUCUUUAUGCAAGGAUGGGUGGCAAACUGUGGAUUAAACAGAUGUUACUAUCAGCAUUUUUAUUACCUGUACUUGUUUGUGGAACAGCUUUCUUUAUAAACUUUAUUGCCAUGUAUUACCAUGCAUCAAGAGCUAUACCGUUUGGUAGUAUGAUAGCUGUCAUGUCUAUUUGUACUUUUGUUAUAUUGCCUCUAACUCUUGUUGGAACUGUGCUUGGUCGCAAUUUAGCAGGUCAGCCAGACUACCCGUGUCGUAUAAACGCAGUUCCUAGACCUAUUCCAGAAAAGAAAUGGUUUAUGGAGCCUUUUGUAAUCAUUAUAGUUGGAGGCAUAUUACCCUUUGGUUCAAUCUUUAUUGAGAUGUACUUUAUCUUCACUUCUUUUUGGGCAUACAAAAUUUAUUAUGUUUAUGGGUUCAUGUUACUGGUGUUCCUAAUUCUGAUGAUAGUGACCAUUUGUGUUACCAUUGUGUGUACUUACUUCUUGUUAAAUGCAGAGGAUUACCGUUGGCAAUGGACCAGUUUCCUAUCAGCAGGUAGCACCGCAAUCUAUGUGUACUUGUACUCUUUCUAUUAUUUCCUUUUCAAAACGAAAAUGUAUGGCCUGUUUCAGACUACCUUCUAUUUUGGCUACAUGGCUCUGUUCAGUUUAGCUCUCGGUAUUAUUUGUGGGACUGUGGGAUACAUUGGCACUAGCAUAUUUGUCAGGAAAAUUUAUUCAACUGUAAAGAUUGAUUGAGAUGUUGUGAUUCAACAAUUCAUGUUUACGUAUUUUUGAUGAUAUUGUUAGUGGUGAUUGCAGUUUUGCCCUCUUAGGAAUGUAAUGAUAUGUCAAAGCAAUCAGAAUAGCAAAUUGCAUUUACUAUUGGUUCAAAUAUCUAAAGUUAAGUGAAGAGCUACACAUUAAUAUAUUGGAUACAUUCCUUAAAAACAAGUAUAAUAUGUUAUAAUUAAUAUUGUAAUGCACUUUAAUGGUUCUCAAAUCUAAUGUGAAUGUCUUAAAUUAUAUGAAAAAAGCACAUCUAAUUUCUACUUUGAAAUACAUUGUAAAAUUUAGAUCUCAUCUUAUAGUUUAUCACUGCCAUGUUUGAUUAUCAAUAUCCAAGCAAAACAAAUACUAUUGCCCUUCUUUCAUAUUACUCCUUAAUCUUCAGGCAUUGUAAUGUGAAAACCUAUAGAUUAUAUACUUACCAGAGAAAUUGUAGUUAUAAAAAAAAGCUUGACAGCUUGGACAUUUAGAUUGGUAAAGCUGUAUGUAUAAAAAAGUAUUCAUUUAAAAUAAUAUUACAAAAGCACUAUGAGAUAGUAUGUAUUGUGGUGUGAGAGUAAUGCAAGUAAACACACUUUCAUGUAAUGCCUAAUGUCCAGGCCAAUCAGAACGUACCUACAUAGUCAUCAAUAUAAUUAUACCCAUAAAAUAAGUUUCAUGCUUAUUUCAUGGUAUGUAAAUACUUUCCCAGUCUUUCUAGUGAUAGUUUAUAAUAAUAACUUUAGUGCUAAUGGUGAUAUACCAUAUUUCACUGAUAGGUCAAUGACUGGUGGUACUUUAUAAUCAUUGCUCUAAAUCAUUAGUUUGUAUGAUAAGGUGUGGAAUAUAAUUUAUUGUAUAUUUCUUCAUAGUUUUAAAAUUUUAAUUGAGAAUUAAUGGUCACUAGUAAUGUUACUGUUUCGUAAAAAUGUCUUAAUUGUGUAACAGUACUUUCAAAAUGAUUGGUAUUGUCUAAAGUAAGGCUUUCUAAACAAUAUUAGCAAGUAAUCAAUUAGUAUUAAUUAACUCACAUGAUAAAGCUUGUUCAUGACUAUUACUGUGCUGAAUUUUGGAAAGAUUAACUUCAGACUAUUUCAAAUAUUUUGAAUAUACUGUAGUUCAGAUCUAAUUUGUCUUUAUCUUGUUAAUACUAGGGCAAAUAUAAUAAUUAUAUUAAGAGCAAGCUCAGAGACAUUGCUUAUUGAGAUAAAUGAUCGCUGGGUUUCAUAUCUUUUGUGACACAGAUAAAUUCAUAAUAUUGUAUGCCAUCCAACAGACUUGUACCUAUUUUGGCAUAAAAAUAAAGGCGAUUAACCAUA